AUGCCGGAGGAGCUCGUUCCAGUCCUGAACCAGGUCAAGGAGCUAGCAAGGGGCGGCCCGACAUCCAUGAUGGUGCUGGGCGACUUCCUGAAGCGCCGCAUCACCCCCCUGCAGCAGCGGACAAGGAUGUCCCGCAUGUACAUGGGGACAAACGACUGUUGCAGUAUCACGCGCGGGCCCGGCACUGAUUUCACCAGGGCGGAGCUGGAGGUCGCGAUCCGGGGAAUGACAGGUGAGACGUUCAGCCCGGAGUCCCUGGUCCAACCGAGUGGGGUCAAGGCCCUGUGCGAGGACCAGGCAUUGCGGUCGUCGGUCCUGGCAUCGAUGCCGACCCUCAACGAGGGUGGCCUGGCGAUUCGGCAGCUGGGAGGCGACCCCAAUCACGGGAUUCACAUCCCCGGCGCCUCACCCGACCGCCAACAGCGCGCCAGCCAAGGUCCCGGGGGGCCAUGUCCCGGAGGUCCGGCCCCCGCCGGGAAGGGAAAAGAUAAGGGCCCGGUGCCGAAGCACCGCCACAAGGACGAUGUGGGUGCCGCCCUGACCUGGAGGGACGACGAGGCGCAGGGGGAUGCCCCCGCGUGGAGCAGCCAAGCAGAGGGGUCCAAGUCCCGAAGGCUCCAGUGCGGCGACGGCUCCUUCGUCGGGGAGCCAGCCCCCAAACUCCAGAAGACGGCGGAGGCGGAGAGGCAGUGCAGAGCUACACCACCUCGGUCGCAGCGCCAGCAGCCAGAGAGGAGACCAAAGGAAGCGCGGCGGCCUUCUUCGGAGCCGCAGAUUCCUCCGCUGCCACCAACGUCACAGCGCUCGGCGACACCACCACCUCUGGCGGAGCCGAGGCCGCAAACCCCGCCCCCGCCGCCAACAGCGCCAGUGGCCGAGGACCUCCACCAAAGGUCCGGGCGGUCCUCGGGCCCCAACCAUGUCGGUGAUAUGACAGGCCCCUUUCUUCGGACGCUUCGAGCACGUCCGCCGGGCGUCGCUCCAGCUGGGGGGUCCGGCCCCCAGCUAAUACCUUCAUCUUCCCCUGCUGGGAGGUUGGCGACAACUCCAGCAGGGACUCCGCCCGUGCCAGCACCAGUAGGUCCGGAGCCGGCGGCCGCCACACCCCCAAGGCCCGAAGCCGCCCCCCUGGAGGAGGCCGCCGGACCUGCUGCGACGAUUGAGACACCAGCAGCAGCAGCAGCAGCAGCGCUGGACGCCAUGGCGAAGCUCCUUCCAGCUGAGUCAGCAGCUGAGAAGGCUGCAGUAGCGGCAGAGGCAGCAAUGCUGGAGGCUGCGGAGGAGCCGGAGGCAGCGGCGCCGGAGGUCGCAGAGGUCGCCAGCACCACCACUCCACCCAUGUAG